AUGUCAUUUUGUAUAUAAAUAAUUUGUGUGAUUUUAAACAUUGUAAAGAUAACAAAAUUCUAGUAACAAGCAGCGCGUAUUUGCGAAACCAGUGAAAUCGGUAUAAAUUAGUUAUGGUUGAAUUUGAUGACAUGAGAAUCUGCAAUAACAUUUUAAGAUGAGGUUAUCAAAAUUAAGUGUAGGAAUUGUUUUAUCCAUGAUAAUAUUCUCGAUAUUUUUUACAAAUGUCGUGAAUUUAUUGAGCACUGAUACACUUAACAGUGAGAAGGAUAUCAAAAAAAAUUAUAUAAAGAUCACUGAUACUCCUGACAAUUUAAUAUGGUUUUUACAGAUUUCAGAUUUGCACAUAAGUAUAUUUAGAGAUCCAUUUAGAAUAACAGAAUUUAGAGAAUUUUGUCAUUACACUCUGGAUGCAAUAAAGCCUAGAGUAGUUCUGGCUUCUGGAGAUUUGACUGAUGCAAAGACAAAAGAUGCUAUCGGCUCAGACCAAUUUGAAGGAGAAUGGAAAUAUUACCGAGAUAUACUCGCAGAGGCUCAUGUUAAAAGAAAGACUCUUUGGUUAGAUAUUAGAGGAAAUCAUGAUAAUUUUAAUGUAAUCAACAACGACUCGAAACAAAACUUCUUCACAAAUUACUCUGUUCAGGGAAAAGAACACCCUCGCUCAUACAUGUACCAAAUAAAACAAGGAGGUACCACAUACUCAUUUAUCGGCAUUGAUGCCUGUUUGGAACCAGGACCCAGGAGGCCGUUUAACUUUGUCGGAAUAUUAGAUGAACUUGAAGUAAAUGAAAUCAAUUCCCUUAUAAAAAAGGCAGAAAGUGUUUCGACCAACUACACAGUUUGGUUCGGUCAUUUUCCCACCUCCUGCAUACUCACACCUGGCCCAGAAAAUGUUAGAGAUCUGAUAGGUAAACAUAAGCAAGGUUUAGUUUACGUUUGUGGACAUUUACACAAACUUGGGGGCCUUAUACCUCAAAUGUAUACUCUCCAAAAGGCUGGUUUUUUAGAAUUGGAAGUGGGCGACUGGAAAGAUAAUAGAAUGUAUCGAUUGAUGGCUAUAGACCACGGUUUAUUGUCAUUUGUCGAUAUUCCUCAUAGAGACUGGCCCGUUGCAUUGAUAACGAAUCCAAAGCAUGCUUUGUUUGUAAAUCUUGCUAAAGAAAAUUUGGAUAAAUUAAGAAAUUCGACACAUAUAAGAGUUUUAGCGUUUUCCUUGGCCAAUAUCGACUUUGUAAAAGUGAAAGUCGAUGAUGGCCCAUGGAUCCGAUGCAAAAACAUUAAAGGACCAUUGUAUGCGGCUGAUUGGAAUCCAAAAUUGUAUCUGAAAGGAAUCCAUACCAUAGAAGUUUAUGUAAAGGAUACUGACGGCAGGAUAAAGACCGUGUCACAGCCAUUUUCUUUAGAUGGUACUCCACUGUCAUUUAGCAUUUUGUCCAGAGUAGCGCUUAUGACCGAUGCCAGCUUAAUCUUCAAACUUAUGUUCUUUUCCAUGCUUGUGCUAUCGAUUACUCCGUUAUGUGUAGUAAGAUAUCUCCAUUAUUCGGUAACGGCGGGAAGAUCUGUUAAACCAAGAAUGGGAAAAUAUUGCUGGAACAGGUGGUUACGUAAACUUUGGGUUUUGUCCACGAUAGACAGAUUAUUUUGGCCUGUCAUCAUUUACCCUGUAUACUUAGCAUUUGGGCCUUGGUCAGUUGGGUACAUAGUUGAGGACUAUAUCGGGGUAAUCUUUGCCUGGGGAAUUUUUGUCAACGGAGCAUAUCUUCCCGGGUCGUUUACUUACGCUUAUGGUUUUAUACAGUUAUUCACUUUUCAGUUGCCACUGAUGCUGAUAAUAGCAAAUCUUGCAGAAAACAGGUUCCAGGAACUGACCCUAAAACCUGGGAAAAAGUUACCGAUAAAAAGGAGAAUUUGUUUACACCUUCCAUUUCUUAUAGUGUUCUGUUUGCAAGUGUCAAUGGCCUACCUCUUUUGGUUAGCUUAUGGGACACUGGCUUUCCUUCUGGGGCCGUUAAGGACUUGGUCCUUGAUUUUGGCUGCAGUUUUGUAUUACCAAGCAUUGAAUCUACCAGAAAAAUGCAUAAGGAGAGCAGCAGAGGUUUGGCAAACACCCUCAGAAACUCUAAAUUCAGACGUGAAUCCCAUUGAAAAAGAAAAUUAGUCGUAUAAUUUGCACCGAUAGUACUGAAAGUACUUCCGUUGUAAUAUUUGUGAAAUGUUCCUAUUUUAUUUGUCUUUAUAAAAUUUAUUUAUUAUUUUUAUAAUGUUAUACAAUAUAAUGUAUUGUGAUUGAUUAA